AUGAGCUUCACCGAGAGAGCGGCUGAGAAGGCCGCGCCAUCCGCUGUCCAGGUCCUUCUGCCCAUUCCCGCCUUUGGCGACUUGGGCAAAUCUGCCAACGAUCUGAUCAACAAGGACUUCUACCACUUGAGCCAAGCGACCCUCGAUGUCAAGCUCAAGGCUCCCAACGGCACCAAUGUCACCGUCAAGGGCAAGCAGGGCUUUGACGGCGUGACCAGCGGUUCCGUCGAGGGCAAGCACACCCUCAAGCCAAACGGUACGCGCAAAUCAUCUCCUCCCUCCUCAGCAAAAGCAGCGCAAAAGAAGGGCACAGGCUUCGUCAAAAUGUUCCAAUUCAUGCAGCAGCUGCCUUCACCCAUACGCACCUCUCUAUAUCUUUACGCAAUCACCACCCCCAAUGGCGCAGGCACAAACAGCAGACUAGGGCUGACUUUUCGACAUUCUAAAGGCGUCACCAUCACCCAGGCAUGGAACACCGCUUCUCUCCUCGACAGCAAAGUCGAGCUCGCAGACGUCGUUGCCCCUGGCGUCAAAGUCGACGUCCAGAACCUCUGGAACCCAGCCAAGCCAGACGCGGCCGCCCAGAAGCUCAACCUCGCCUUCAAGAACCCCAACGUCCACUCCCGCGCCUUCAUCAACUACGGCACAGCUAAGGGCGCCAUUGACGCGGUUGUCGACGUGACUGCCGGCCACGAGGGCUUCCUCGUCGGUGGUGAGGCUGGCUACGAUGUCCAGAAGGCCGCCGUCACCAAGUACAGCCUCGGUAUCGGCUACCAGAGCCCAACCUACAACGCCAGCAUUGUUGGCACCCAGAACCUGAGCAUCAUCGCCGCCAGCUUCUACCAAAAGGUCAACUCCUCCGUCGAGGUUGGCGCAAAGGCUGGCUACGAUGUUCAGGCACAGAAGGCUAGCGGUCUUGAGCUUGCGUCCAAGUACAAGCUUGACCAGCUCUCCUUCGCGAAGGCCAAGAUCAACGACCGUGGUAUCGCCGCCCUCGCCUACAGCACCAAGCUCAACGCCGGCACCACCCUCGGCCUCGGUCUCUCCCUCGACACCAACAAGCUCAACGAGGCUGGCCACAAGGUCGGCACCUCGCUCACCUUUGAGGGUUAG